AUGGCUCCGACUUCCACCAUCGAACAAGGAACGAUCGCGGAAUCGAUCGAGCAAGACUAUCACAAGAUGUUCAGCGAUACGACUGGUAUCGGUCUGGAUCUCACUGCGUGCACGCAGGGGUCUCUUUCGAACCGGACUGCCGCGACAUUCAUGGAAAGUAAUACCUCUGUCGAGACCGAAGGCACGGAUGUCAAGCCCCCCUUGAGUCCCGCCUUCAAUACGAAAGAUGAUCCUUUCCUGCUUUUAGCGAAAAGAGUAGGAUCGGAGUUGCUUAGAAAGGAUAUGACGCAGAAAUGGACCAACGUAUGCCACUCCCUCCAUACUCUGUACCUGGAGUUUCUUGCCGCCGAUCGUGUCUCCUGCCCAGAGAAGGAUUUCGAAACCGCUUGUUUCCUGAGUCAAAGCUUGACGGGCACAUUCCGCGCUGGGAAAGGAUGGGUCAGUGUGUACUUCGGAAUGACAAUUUCGAACGACCGCAAGGUCGACAACAAGUUCAACUUCCCCCUCACUGCUUACUUGCGUGAGCCGGCCUCGGUCAGCGAUCCGACAUAUCAGUACCUGGAAGCGGAGCUCAAGCUGACUCACGAAGAAAUCGAUGACAAGGCGCUGGGGAAAGAUCAUGCACAACUAAAUGGUCUGCCCAAAAACCUUCAGGAAUGCGUCAACAAGGUCAACAGCGACUGGAAGGUGUGUAGCGGCAAUCACACGUACAGUACCGGACAGGGAAACGCCGCUUGGCUUGUCACGGUUUACGAUAAGGGGUGGAACGGCACAAUCUACAGGGUUUAUGGUCUGAUCAGAGACACCAGCCUGUUCACCACAGGAUGA